CUAGAUGCCUGUGACCGUGGGCCCGUACGGGCAGUCGCAGCCCAGCUGCUUCGACAGAAUAAAGAUGGGUUUCAUGAUGGGCUUUGCCGUGGGCAUGGCUGCAGGGGCGCUGUUCGGCACGUUCUCCUGCCUCAGGAUUGGCAUGAGAGGACGAGAGCUGAUGGGUGGAGUUGGCAAAACGAUGAUGCAAAGCGGUGGGACGUUUGGGACAUUCAUGGCCAUUGGUAUGGGGAUACGCUGCUAGCCUCCAGUUUGGGAUGUAUCCCAGAGUGCCCCUGCCCAGCCAUUCCUCCUCUGUACCAUAAUAAAAUCUUUAGAUACCUGGAA